AUGGAGAUGGAGUCGAAGUACAAGGCUCUGGAUCUCGGUGUCAAUAUUGCUAUUUGUGAGAAAGCAUUGGUGCUCUGUGCGCCGCAGGUGGUGUUGAGAAUGACAGUCGAUAGGCUUCGUGGCAGGGAGGUUGGAGCUGUGUUGGCGGGGGAGAAGAAGGCCAGUCUAGCGGUCAAAGGCGAGGAGGCUCGUCCAGAAGCUAAAGAGAGCGAGGAAGGCUCUACGGAGAAUGAGGGCGAAGAUGCUAAGUCCGAUAGCAGCAGUACGACGCCGUACCAGGAGCUCCUGCGCCGGCUCCUGCAGGAGAAAGAAGCCGAAAACGCGGCUCUCAGGCGCGAGAACAAAGACCUGCACGCCCUGUUCAGCUCUGACAAGCAGCCAGGCUUCGCACCCGCUCCUCAAGUCUGCGCUCCUCAAGACUUCGCUCUUCAAGUCUCCGCUCCUCAAGCAUUCGCUCCUCAAGCCUCCGCCGCUGCUCAAGUCUUCGCUCCCGUCGCCGGUCCCGUUCCCGCCGGCCUCACCAUGAUCGACCUCACGUACCGCGCGUCCAACUCGCCGACCCUGCCGGUCGCGGCGUCGCCUCCGCCCCCGUCUCUCAGCACCGAGCAGCAGAUAGUGAAUCUCGAAGCGCAGAACCAGGCGCUGCAGCACAAGGUGCAGCAGAACACGGAAGUGAUGAACGAGCUGCUGGCCGAAGUCCGCACCCUCCGCACCCGCCAACACUGGACGCAGCUCGUGCUCGGCUGCCGCGACCUGCGCACCCUGACCGUCAUGAACCACAACAUCUGCCACAAGCUGCGCCGCGGCGAGAUGGGGCUCGACCUCGCUGCCGUGCUGCACCCGAUCAUGCUCGCCCGCCGCGACGCCAUCGACCCCGCUACUAGGCCGCAUGAGCGCGAGGAGUGGCUGCUGACUAGGAUGCUGAGGGAGGGGGGGGAGCUGCCGUUUUAGGUGGUCGUCUUGCUCUGGGUGAGACGGAGGGAGGCGUGGGGUUGGGUUGGGUUUCUGCAGAGCAGAGUGCAGCAGAUGUACCUAGGUUAGAUCCCUCCAAAACUCAAAUCAGUCGCGUCAAUACCUAGGUCGGCUCAAUUUGGCACUGAGCGAGCAGCGAGGCUAGGUUAUAUAAACCAGAAAGGCACAGGUAUAUGAACCAAAAAAGGCACUUGCCAUUUCCCC